UUUAGUAGAGUAGUUGCAGAGUUGUUGCAAUUUCAACAUUUAUAUCAAGAUAAUGAUAAUCCCACAAGAUUAACACUUACUUAUACACCACCAUUACUCACUAACCAAUUUUCAUCCAUAAAAAUCAUGAAAGCGAAGGACUCACCAAAAACUACAUGGAAACCCUACUGCUGUUCGGCUGAAAACAAGGUUUUUCACAGCUUCAGCCGUUGCAGACCCUCAAAAUCGGAAUUCUCGAAAAAUGUAGCCCCAUCACCUUCUUUCAGACGCAUGUCUUUCUCAGAUCUAAGCAGGUCGUCUUCUAUGCGUCUUAAUGAAGACAUACAGAGCUUCGGACCAGACUUGUUUGAUUUUAAACUGAGUGAGCUCCGAGGUGUAACUCAGAAUUUCUCGAGUAAUUUUUUGCUGGGUGAAGGAGGGUUCGGGAAGGUGCAUAAGGGUUAUGUCGAUGAAACCAUGAGAUCCGGGUUGAAACCUCAACCCGUUGCUGUUAAGCUUCUUGAUAUUGAAGGAUUACAAGGUCAUCGAGAAUGGCUUGCGGAGGUGAUAUUUCUGGGUCAACUACGGCAUCCUAAUCUGGUGAAAUUGAUUGGAUAUUGUUGUGAAGAAGAAGAGAGGCUUCUUGUUUACGAAUUUAUGCCUCGUGGAAGUUUGGAGAAUCAUUUGUUCAAGAGGAUUUCGGUUUGUUUGGCAUGGGGGAUUAGGAUAAGAAUUGCAAUAGGCGCGGCUAAAGGUCUUGCGUUCUUGCAUGGUGCUGAAAGCCCUGUUAUAUAUCGUGACUUCAAAACAUCCAACAUCUUACUUGAUUCCGAUUUUAAUGCGAAAUUAUCUGAUUUUGGGCUAGCAACAAUGGGUCCAGAAGGGUCGAACACUCAUGUUACGACUAGAGUUAUGGGCACCUAUGGAUAUGCUGCCCCUGAAUAUGUUAACACUGGGCACUUAACCACAAAGAGUGACAUUUACAGCUUUGGAGUGGUGUUGUUAGAACUAUUGACAGGAAGAAGGGCAAUGGAUAAAAAGAGACCAAAAAGCGAACAAUAUCUUGUUGACUUUGCAAGGCCGUAUUUGACUAGCAGCCGAAGGGUGCGUGCAAUAAUUGACCCAAGGUUGGGGGGACAAUAUUCGGUUAAAGGAGCCAAAGAGGUUGCCCUUUUGGCCUUAUAUUGUGUGAGUUUGAACCCUAAAGAUAGGCCCAAAAUGCCUGUGAUCAUUGAGACCCUUGAAGGAGUUAAGAAUUUGAAAGAUAUGGCUAUUAGUUCUGGACAGUGGGCCCCACCGCCUACACAGAAGACAGCAAGAAAUGCGGUUUAUAUGCCCAAAGAAAGCAAAGAUAUGAAUGGAGGAGGUCGGAUUUAUUGGAAACAAACUCCUGUCAAGACAGUCAGCACUAAGGGUUAGUGAAUUGGGAUCAAGAUUCAGAUAUUAUGUAAAUGAUAAAACGCAUAUAUGUACAUAAAUUUAGAUGAAUAAGUGGUCAUGUAUAUAUAUAAGUGCUUUGUGUG